AUGAUUUUUUCAACACUGUUGCUUGCGCUAUGGGCCGGGCUCCAGGCCGUCGUUGCGCAGCCUCUGCCAGCCAAGGGUGCUGCCAGCGCGCAGUUUUUGCAUGAGGCCAACAAAAAAAGAUACUACGACUACUCGAGCGCUGUUCUCAGAGGUGUGAACAUUGGAGGAUGGCUCGUGCUGGAGCCUUUCAUCACGCCCUCGCUGUUUGAGUCAUUCCGCACGACCGACUCCAGCGAUGCCGGCAUUCCUGUCGAUGAGUACCACUUCUGUCAAGCGCUUGGCUACGAGGAGGCUGAGUCUAGAUUGGUCCAGCACUGGUCUUCCUGGUAUACUGAAGUCGACUUCAAGAACAUGGCUGCGUCCGGUCUAAACUUCGUGCGUAUCCCUAUCGGUUACUGGGCGUUUCAGACUCUCGACUCCGACCCUUACGUCACGGGCCACCAGGAGGGCUACCUAGACCAGGCCAUUGAGUGGGCUGGCAAGUACGGCCUAAAAGUGUGGGUUGACGUGCACGGUAUGCCAGGCUCCCAGAACGGGUUCGACAACUCUGGUUUGAGAGACUCUUACGCGUUCUUGGAAGACUCCAACCUAGCCGUCGCCAAACAAGUUAUCCAGUACGUCCUCGAAAAGUAUUCCCGUGAUGAAUACUUGGACACUGUUAUUGGUAUCGAAUUGGUCAACGAACCUCUUGGUCCAGUUCUGGACAUGCAAAAGCUUACCGAGUUUUACGAGUUUGGAUACAACUAUGUCAGAAAUGAACUAGGUAGAAACCAAGUCGUUAUUUUGCACGACGCAUUCCAAGCCUACCACUACUGGGACUCUGAACUAACCGUAGAUGAGGGUGACUGGGGUGUGGUUAUCGACCACCACCACUACCAGGCAUUCUCUAGCGGUGAAUUGGCUCGUACCAUUGACGAAAAGAUUUCUGUUGCCUGUGAGUGGGGUAGCGGUGUCUUGAGCGAGGCUCACUGGACUGUUGCUGGUGAAUGGUCGGCUGCUUUAACCGAUUGUCCCAAAUGGCUGAAUGGUGUUGGAUUUGGUGCCCGUUACGACGGUACCUGGUCAACCUCCACUGACUCUUCCUACUACAUCGGCUCUUGUGAAAACAACGACGAUUUCGAUUCGUGGUCUGACGAGAGAAAGCAAAACACAAGAAAGUACAUUGAAGCCCAACUAGAUGCUUUCGAAUUGAGAGGGGGUUGGGUAUUCUGGUGCUACAAGACCGAGAGCACUGUUGAAUGGGACUUCCAAAGACUAGCCUACGAUGGCAUGUUCCCACAACCACUUUCUGAUAGACAGUAUCCAAAUCAAUGUGGAUUUUGA